UUCAGUUGACGGCGCGAAAAGACGCCGGAAAAGCGAAGCGUAGAGGAAACUGAGGAGCGGAGAGAACAGAAAGAAAACCCCAUAAACUGUGCCGUGAAAAGCGAAGAAAAGCGCCAAAAGUCAAACUGAACGUGCAAUAUCAGAACUUGGGAAUUCUAAGCCGAGUGCCGUCCGUCGCCUGUCGUUCCUUGUCCCCCUCUCGCUUCGAAUCUUUUUUGUUGUGUGUGUGUGUGCGGUGACCGGUGACCCCCAUGUGUGCCCCUAGGUAAUGAGUGCAAAGAGCAGUUACCCAGAGCAGCAGCAGCCAGCCGAGACUAAGCCGUAGGAGCAGCAGUUGCCGCCGCCGGGAUCGGGAUUGGGACCGGGACAUUCAGGAGAACCAUGCUAGUGCCGUCGGACAUGAUCGCGGCACAGUCCAAGAUGGUCUACCAGAUGAACAAGUAUUGCGCGGACCGGGUCCAGGUGCGCAAAGCGCAGAUCCACAAACAGAUCCAGGAGGUCUGCCGCAUCGUCCAGGACGUGCUCAAGGAGGUAGAGGUGCAGGAGCCGCGCUUCAUCUCCUCGCUGAACGACUACAAUGGCCGCUUCGAGGGCCUGGAGGUCAUCUCGCCCACGGAAUUCGAGAUCAUCAUCUACCUCAACCAGAUGGGUGUUCUGAAUUUCGUGGACGAUGGCACCUUGCCGGGCUGUGCUGUCCUCAAGCUCAGCGACGGCCGGAAGCGCUCCAUGUCCCUGUGGGUGGAGUUCAUCACGGCCAGCGGCUAUUUGUCGGCCAGAAAGAUCCGCUCCCGCUUCCAGACACUGGUGGCGCAGGCGUGCGACAAGUGCGCCUACCGUGACAUCGUCAAGAUGAUCGCCGACACCACGGAGGUGAAGCUGCGCAUCCGAGAGCGCAUCAUUGUCCAGAUCACGCCCGCCUUCAAGUGUGCCGGCCUCUGGCCGCGUUCUGCCUCGCACUGGCCCCUGCCUGGGAUACCCUGGCCGCAUCCCAACAUCGUGGCGGAGGUCAAGACCGAGGGCUUCGACAUGCUCUCCAAAGAGUGCAUCGCCCUGCAAGGCAAGAACUCGGCCAUGGAGGGCGAUGCCUGGGUGCUCAGCUUCACCGAUGCCGAGAACCGGCUGCUGCAAGGAGCUAGUCGCCGCCGCUGCCUGAGCAUCCUGAAGACCCUGCGCGACCGGCAUUUGGACCUGCCCGGCAACCCGGUGACAUCGUACCAUCUGAAGACCCUGCUGCUGUACGAGUGCGAGAAGCAUCCGCGCGAGAUGGAGUGGGAGGAGAACUGCAUCGCGGACCGCAUCAAUGGCAUCUUCCUGCAGCUGAUCUCGUGCCUGCAGUGCCGCCGCUGUCCGCACUACUUCCUGCCCAAUAUGGAUCUGUUCAAGGGCAAGUCGCCCGGCGCCCUCGAGAACGCCGCCAAGCAGGUCUGGCGGCUGACGCGGAUUAUGCUGACCAAUGUCCGUUGCUUGGAGGAGCUGUAAGGCCGAGGAGGACCGAUGAGGAUCUGUGGCAGCUGCAGGGGGUAGAGAGCACAAAGGGGGGGUUUGCCUUUAAGUUGCCUUUUUUUUUGGUUAAUUUUUUUUGUGAGAGUUUUUUGGGUCUCUUUGAGACGAGCUGCAGAAGGAGCACAGAUCAGAUCGGAGGAGAAGCUAGAGCAGGAGCAGGAGAAGUCAAAUUGCAACCCAAAUACUAUUUGAUAUUUCGCUAGAUCGUAACUUAAGUUUAGGUGCUUUCGAAAAGUAUACGCCGCUUACAGAGUUUCCUAUAAUUAGAGCCUAUCUAUAGCCUAUAGAGCCCAGUGCUGCCCAUUUAGAACGCAAAACGCACAAGAGAGUUACGUAUACGUAAUAUAUAUAUACAAACAUAUUUUUUUUUUGUAAAUUUUUUUUGGUCCAUUGCGAGAGCAAAAUUAGCAAAAUUAGACACAAGUCUAUGAAACUGAUUGAGGAAUAUUUCCCCAAAAACGUUUAUAAAUUAUUUAUUCUAUGUUUUUGCCUUCUUCUUGUGAGUUUAGUCAAUAAAACGUAAGUUUUUUUCAAUGAAA